AUGGCCUACUCAAUGUACAGAGGGAGGUUGCACCUGCUCACUACCGCACAUCAUAUUCUCGCUAACAGCAGCUUUCAAAACAACUACACCAUGGUGCUUAAUUGUACGCAGAUAGUUGAAGCACUGGAGACCUAUUACCUUCCAACAUUUUAUGGAAUUGAGUUCUCUGUUGGUUUCCUUGGCAACCUGCUGGUUGUACUUGGUUAUAUAGUUUGUUUACAACAGUGGCAGAGCUGCAAUAUUUACCUCUUCAGUCUUGCGGUUUCAGACCUUAUUUUCCUCUCCACAUUGCCACGCCUCUGCUACCUUUAUUCAAAUCACAAAGAAGAGAGCAAUCUCUAUGUUUGCGUUAUCAACCGCUACGUCCUGCAUGUAAAUCUUUACUCCUCCAUACUCUUUAUGGUUUGGCUCAGCAUGGACCGCUUCCUGCUCAUAAAGUAUCCAAUGAGGAACCAUUAUCUGCUCAGGCCACGAACAGCUCUGAUUGUUACAGGGUUGAGCUGGAUAGCUGUCAAUGUUGAAGUUGCCCCAAUGAUAACACUGAUGGUGCAGGACCUAAAAGAAAAUAAUUGGACCAAGUGCCGAGAUUUUGGCAGUCUGAAGGGAGAUAUCAGUGUGCUUGGCUACAGCUUGGGGCUGACAGUGACAGGUUAUAUUCUCCCUCUGUUUGGACUUUGUGUUUUUUCCUACCAAGUAGCACAUCUACUGCGUGUCCAGGAAAGGGCUCUGCAGCGCAGCGUGGCAUCAUCAUACAAGCGGCCUCUAAAGGUGGUUGCAUCAGCGGCAGCGCUAUUUCUGGUUCUCUACACUCCCUACCACGUGCUUAGAAAUGUGUCAAUAGCAACUAUGCAAGACUGGGCAGGACUGGAGAUUUGCACACGGAUGCACAUAAAGACUAUCUAUAUCUUGAGCCGACCUAUAGCCUUUUUUCACAGCGUAAUCAACCCCAUCUUCUACUUCCUCAUGGGUGACAAGUUCAGAGACCUCCUAGAAUCUAAGAUUAGAAAUAUAGUCAGCAAAACAGUGGUGCAAAGAAACCCUUCAUGA